GGGGUGGGUGUGCUGCUGCUUUAGGGGUGUUUACGCAUUCUCCUUGUGCUAUCUUCUUGCUUUUUUGCACAGGCUGCUGCAUAAGCCUUGUUGCUAGAGCUCUUGCUUCCUUCCCGUUAGUAGUUUUCCACAAAAUAAAUAAAGUAAAAACAGGCAGAGGGCAAGCUCUGCAGGGCCUUCUGGAAGGUGCUCAGUGUUGUGCACAGUGUUUUAGGGAAAUGUAUCAUUAAUGAGUGGUUACACAGAUCUAACAAAGGCAUCCUGUGCUGAGGUGGUUAUUAGAAGUGUACCUGUGUCUGUCUGUUGUUUCAGUACCUAUAGUUUGGUUUUGCAUCCUGGAUAAUCUACAAAAUAAAAAGACUGUUGAAUACAGGCUAAAAUAAAACACACAGGCUUCAUAAUGUCUUUGAGGCAAGAUUUAGGGCAGCGUGACUGCUUGCAUAAGUAAGGCUCACCCUCGGGGAGUGAUCUGUAUAUUGUGAAGUUUCAAGUAGGCCAAACGCUGCCUUUAAAAGUCUCAGUGAAGGGUAAAGUAAAAUACCCUUACACGUGGAUUUUACAUUCUCAUGGCUGCUCCUGCAUUUCUCUCUGUGCUCACCCUGCUGAAUGUAUUUAUUUUGGACCACCAUAACUCCGUGCACGUAAUGGUGUGACAAAUGAAGCGGUGAUGUGAAAAUAAUAAUUACCUAUAGAAUAUUGCGGUGUUAAUACUGCCGAACAGUAGACUCUGUACCACAUUGAUGUUGUCUUUCAGGCGUUUUAUAUUUGGUUCACAAUAGCGAGAUACUUUGCCAGGGAAAGGCAAAUCCAUCCUUCCAAGUUCAGGAGGAAUGGCAACCUUAAUUGUGGGAGAAGGGAACACUGGGUUAUUACUUUAAAACCAGGUUAAUUUAUUUAGGAGCAUAGCUGAGCAUGAGCUCCCCAGUUUUAAACAGUAGUUUCCUUUUUUUUCAGCUUCUCAGAAAAGGAACUGCCUCAUCACUGUUGUUUGUGGGAGUCUGAGCUGGUCUGAAGCCAGCAAAGGUCACUUUCGGAGUUCCUGGGAAAAACAGCAGAAUCUUGAGCUGGCAAUGUGUAAAUGAUGAGAGGAACAGGGAAUCUUCAGUGCAAGUCUGUUCUGGAAGCUAGAUGAAGCGUGAAUGUGGAGUUCUAGAACAGAUUAGAAGUUCUCAUCUAAGAGAGUUAAAGCAUGGCAAUAAAUGUGCAGCUCUUAGAAAGUACCAGUAAAAAUGUGCCUCUGGUUCUGUUGGGGAGCUAGCACUCAGCAUGCCUUCAGAUCUGCAGAAAGGGAUAAGCUUGACUGGGAAGAAUAAAGCGCAGGGUACAGAGAUUGCAGAGAAAAAUCUAGCAGUUAUGAGUAAAUGAAGAAUGUGGUAAUGAGUGAAACUAAAUGGUGGCAAACAAAGUAAUUGCACCAAAAGAAAGCAAAACAAACAGUAAUGCAGAACCAUAAGCUUUAUACUAGUAGCGAAAUAGGAGAAAAGGCCUUGGUGAGAGGAACCUGAGCCUUGCCGCAGCGAGAGAUUAUGCAGCGUGGGGUGGUCCAACCCAGGCAAGGAAGACCCCGCCUCUUCUCAUUGCCAGAUGUCACAGGACGUAUUUUGCAUGGAGCAUUUGCCUCUCUGCUAACCCAGGGUGAGGUCUGCCGCCUAAUUAAAUAAUCUUCUGUCCUGACCCUUCAAGGGCUGUAAGCAGCUUUUCCCAGCAAAGCAGGGUAGCAUGUUUAAUACCUGGAAGCCGAUGUGGGUCGUGCUCUUAGAAGAUGGAAUUGAAUUCUACAAGCGGAAGUCUGACAACAGCCCCAAAGGGAUGAUCCCACUGAAAGGAAGCACCAUCAACAGCCCUUGCCAAGAUUUCGGCAAAAGAAUGUUUGUCUUCAAGCUCACUGCAGCCAAGCAGCAGGACCACUUCUUUCAAGCCUCCUACCUGGAAGAGAGAGAUGCUUGGGUACGAGAUAUCAAGAAGGCAAUUCAGUGCAUAGAUGGAGGUCAGAGAUUUGCCAGGAAAUCCACAAGAAAAUCCAUCAGACUGCCUGAAACAAUCAACUUGAGUGCUUUGUACCUCUCAAUGAAAGAUCCUGAAAAGGGAAUAAAGGAGUUGAAGCUGGAAAAAGAUAAAAAAGUGUUCAAUCACUGCUUUACAGGCACUUCUGUGAUUGACUGGCUGGUGUCCAGCAACUCCAUCCGAAAUCGCAAGGAAGGCCUCAUGCUUGCCUCUUCCCUCUUGAAUGAAGGCUACCUACAGCCUGCAGGAGAUACAUCCAAGGCUGCAGCUGAGGGGCUGUCAGACACCCCUUUCUUGGAUCUCUGCGAUGCCUAUUACUACUUUCCCGACAGCGGAUUUUUCUGCGAGGGGAAUUCUAGCGAUGAUGAUGUGGUCCUGAAAGAAGAAUUCAGAGGCAUAAUAGUCAAACAAGGAUGUUUACUAAAACAGGGGCAUCGGAGGAAAAACUGGAAAGUGAGAAAGUUUGUUUUGAGAGAGGACCCUGCGUAUCUUCACUACUAUGAUCCUGCUGGAGGAGAGGAUCCGCUAGGAGCAAUCCACUUGAGGGGCUGCGUGGUGACUGCAGUGGAAGAUAUGCCAGACUCCAAGAAGAGUGACGUUGAAAACAACCUGUUUGAAAUAAUCACUGCAAGUGAAGUCCACUAUUACUUGCAAGCAGCUUCAUCUGCAGAGCGUACGGAGUGGAUCAAAGCAAUUCAGACAGUUGCUAGGACUGGGAAAUGAGGACGAUCCAUCAGCAAGAAGACAGACAACUGAAACCGAUUGCUCAAAACAAAACGGGAAUUGUAGCUUUUCACUGAGAUCAAGUAGUGUCAACCAGAAAAGCCUCAUAAGACUUGUGGGUUGAGAGGGGGGAAUAAGUUUCAGUUCUGUAGUGGGCACUACCGCAACAGAAGUGGAAAGUAUCUUACUAAAUUAUAGCAUAGAAUAUGUUACAUUAGUGUGUGCUUCUUGUAAUAUUCAGUUUUCCUUGGGAAGGUUAUAUCUUCUGUCUUUCCCUGCUGCCACUGCUGACAGCGAGAAUGUCACCAUUAACAGGGGACAGGAUCACGCUGCUGUCUGUAUGUAAGGAAUAGCCACCUAUGUUUCAGCCUCUACCAUGUUUGAGUAUGUUCUAAUAACUCAAGGGAUUCCUAAGACAAACUUUAUGCUUUCUUCGUUACUAGCCAGUCUUUCUAUUGCCAAGUUCAGCUAUCCAAGUAAUGCAGCAGAUCUAAGGAAAGAAAUCUUAUUUGGAAACACAAUCCACACCUUUAUAAUCCUUCAGUGUUAAGGAAGGGAACAGUACAGACAACUGUGGAAACACCAUGCAGAAAGCAUGUACGACUCAGUGACAGCAGUGUGAGUAUCCAUGCAGGAAAAUUCUUUGCCCAUGAUUUUUCAAACCUGAAGCAGUCUCAGUUUUUCUGUACCCGCUUCAGUUUGACGUUCACUAAAUUUCUCCAGAACAAUCUGCACCAGAACCAUUGUCUUGCUUCAUUUAGGUCUCCAGCACAGUUGCUGAAGUGUCACGUUCUGCUGAUUUGUCCUGUAUUUGAAUUAAGAAUCUUUCAGGAAGAGGAGAAGGAUCCAUGCAUUUCUUGAAUUCCCAAUUGAGGCGUUGUUGCUUACAAAAAUUACAGAAUUACAGAAAUAUACUCAAUGCUUAGCUCUGUGCUUUAGUAGUAAAAGAGAAACCUUAUUAGUUCUGUAACUGGAAUAAAUGUCAUUUGAUGGUGUCAAGUUACCUGAUCAAUCUUUGUUUUUUGUCUUACUGUAUGCUUCAAACUUCCAAGUCUUUUAACUUUAAGCAAGAACUGGAGGUCAAGAUUGUCAGCUUCUGCAUGUAGCCUGUUCCUAUUGCAUACAGAUGUUUGAGUGCAAGUAAACUUAAAAAUUUCAAAUUAGAUUUCCUAUCCUUAAGUAUCUCCUAUUCAGAUUUCUUGAAACUAAAAAAUAAAUAUGGUUCUAAAGUUUA